AUGUCAUCCUCUCUUAAUAAGAAAUCGAUGAAACGAAUUCGUCGAAAUAUGCAUCCGAAAGACACUCAAUCAUCACCACCUCUCAGAGAAGAACCAGAUCAAGUCUACGGAACGGUUGUGAAUGUCAUCAAUCCAAUAAGUGUCAUGGAAUGUGUGUAUCACAAAGAUUAUGGAACCAAUGAAACCUUGAGAUGUGUGUUUCGAGGAAAUGGCCGAAAACCGAUUUACUUUCAAGUUGGAGAGGUGCUCUUGUUGCAUUUGAGAGAGGGCAUGCACAAUUCAUUCGAGUGUGCCGAUGUGUUACAUCGCUACAAGAAAGAGGAACUUGAAAUUUUGAAGCAAAGGAAGCAAUUCCCAAAUUAUCUUCAUUAUGAUUCAAAAUUUGAUCGAGCUUUAUUCUCUCAACUCGAGAAAAAAGAUUUCACAUUCAUGGAUUUAACUUUUCAAGUCGCAAAGAAAAUGACAGUGAAUAGUACGAUCUAA